AUGGAAAUGGGUUCGACACUGGAGGAGGGCCCACCGAACCCCUCCUUCGCCAUCCGGGACGCCGCCGCCGCCUCCGGCGACGGCGACGUGGCCUCCUACCGCUGCGUGUCCUCCGUGCUGAAAAAGGACGGGCAGGUGCUCUGCGUGGCCGCCGCGAAUGGCCUGGUCUACACGGGUUCGCAGUCCAACGCCGUGCGCGUGUGGAAGCUGCCGGAGUUCGCGGAGUGCGGGCAGCUGAAGGCGAAGGCGUCCAUGGUGGUGGCGCUCCAGGUGUCGAACGACAGGGUCUAUGCGGCGGGUCGUGCGGCACGUGAAGGUGGCGACGGUGCCGGCCACCGGGAGCUUUGUACUCAGUUACAUCGGAGGCAAGGAUAG